AUGGCCACCACGGAAACAAAUCUGGUGAAGAGCGGCACGCCUAGUCCCGGCGUUCUAGUUCUGCAGUUGAACCGGCCAGACAAGCGAAACGCUCUUUCGCAGAGUCUUAUCAAUCAAUUGCUCGGCAAACUUCGUGAUGCAUCGAUAGACGAAACGGUCAAGGCGGUGGUGGUGACAGGCAGUGCGACAUUCUUUUGUGCUGGUGCCGACAUCAAGGAGAUAUCGGCUCUUGACGGAGAGGGCGCGCGAAAGUGCCGGUAUCUCGAGGAUCUGUGCCAUGGAUUCUCAUCUUUUAGGAAGCCCAUCUUUGCCGCCGUGGAAGGGAUGGCUCUUGGCGGCGGAUUCGAGGUUGCUCUCGCGUGCGAUCUGAUCUUUGCUUCUGAAAGCGCAAAGUUUGGCCUCCCAGAGGUUAAGAUCGGCUUGAUCCCAGGGGCUGGUGGCACCCAACGUUUGACAAACUCCAUGGGAAAGUACUUGGCGAUGCGCAUGAUAUUGUUUGGAGCAACAAUCACGAGCCAAGAAGCACUCCAUCAUGGCUUGGUCGCAGAGAUCUUCCCUGCUGGAUCGGUUCUGGAGGGCGCCGUUGCCAAAGCCGCAGAGGUUGCUCAUCUCAGCUCCACGGCGGUACAAUUGGCCAAAGAGGCCAUCUGCCGUAGUGACAACCUGGGGAGGGAUGACGAGUUCGAGCGAAGUCUGUACUACUUCUCGUAUGGAACAGCACAUAAACGAGAGGGCAUCGCUGCCUUUCUUGAGAAGCGAGCACCUGACUGGCGUGAGAAGCCCCAGGAUUCACCCUAGACGGAUGCCCUUAUGGAUGAAUUUGAGGAAUACCAUGGGGGUGGUGAUGUUCUUCUCUAGCUGCCAAGGAUUGAGGGCUGAGAGAGUCGGUGCUUCUUGUCCGUCGGUCUGUGGUUGACAGUGUUGACUUUGUUUAGUCAUCAUAGGUAUGUUGGAUAACAAUGCCAUCGUUUCAUUUUGACAUUUUGAGUACCGUGCCUAGUUGAAGUUUAUUGAGUAGUCGUUUGGCCAAGGUUGAGUUUUGCGGCUAGGGGUGUGGUGCAAAGGCCAAGCGCAAUCAAACUUUGGACAGCGGGACUGGCUGUCUUUAAAACUCGGAGAGGCCAUAGCACAAUUCGGAAAGAAACCUACCUUACCUGGGUAGUCAAAAAGACCUGGCAGGGUACUAGACUGGAAUGGGAAGGAAUUCAUGAAGGAAGGAAGUGUGUCUGAUUAAUUAUAAUCGGCAGGCAUGUCCGUUGAUUGAUACGGACAGGAAAGAAAAA